UUCUCAGAGAGGAGGCUGGGUGAAGAUCCUCUGGAAGUAGGACAAGUAUGGCAGUGACCGGGGACGAGUCAGAAACAGGCUCCAGUGGAGGCGAGCUCCUUGGCAGCGACUUACACACCAGCAGCUCCACCCUCUGCCUCACCCUGGCACACCCCGCCCGCACACCUACAGAGGACGCCUCGCAGAAGAGGGAACAUCGCUUGAUGAAGAACAGGGAAGCCGCCAGGGCGUGUCGUCGGAAGAAGAAGGAGUACGUUAAAUGUCUGGAGAAUCGUGUGGCGGUGCUGGAGAAUCAGAACCAGACUCUGAUGGAGGAGCUCAAAGCCUUGAAAGACAUUUACCAACAAAAAGGUUGAAGGAUUUGUUUCCUUCCAACAUGGGAAAAUAGGAAGACAAACGGAGGAACAUUUCCAUUUGUGUCGUGAGCAGUUCUUACACUCAUGUAAACAUUACACUGCCCACUUCCUGUUGGUCAACAGACUAUCAUGUAAACAUUACACUGCCCACUUCCUGUUGGUCAACAGACUAUCAUGUAAACAUUACACUGCCCACUUCCUGUUGGUCAACAGACUAUCAUGUAAACAUUACACUGUCCACUUCCUGUUGGUCAACAGACUAUCAUGUAAACAUUACACUGCCCACUUCCUGUUGGUCAACAGACUAUCAUGUAAACAUUACACUGCCCACUUCCUGUUGGUCAACAGACUAUCAUGUAAACAUUACACCACCCACUUCCUGUUGGUCAACAGACUAUCAUGUAAACAUUACACCGCCCACUUCCUGUUGGUCAACAGACUAUCAUGUAAACAUUACACUGCCCACUUCCUGUUGGUCAACAGACUAUCAUGUAAACAUUACACCGUCCACUUCCUGUUGGUAAACAGACUAUCAUGUAAACAUUACACUGCCCACUUCCUGUUGGUCAACAGACUAUCAUGUAAACAUUACACUGCCCACUUCCUGUUGGUCAACAGACUAUCAUGUAAACAUUACACCACCCACUUCCUGUUGGUCAACAGACUAUCAUGUAAACAUUACACCGCCCACUUCCUGUUGGUCAACAGACUAUCAUGUAAACAUUACACCGCCCACUUCCUGUUGGUCAACAGACUCCAUCCAUCCAAAGACAAGGUCCAUGGUCAUGUGACUAAGUUGGACCAUGAAGAGAAACCGAUCACUUCCACACUUCUUAACACUUUUGAACAGCAUUAA